AUGGAGGACGAGAGCAGCCAGGACUCAAGCGUGCAAUACAUGAACCUCUCCGACAACGAAGCCAUGCAUUAUCGGAUCCCUGCUAGCAUUGAAGACCAAGACUACAGUGGCAUUGAGACAGCACCCAGAGUUCUUUGCCAUCAGCAUGGUGUGGCGGCUGAGAGGCGUGUAGCAUUCGAAGCAUUUAACACGGGCAGGAGGUUCUUAGUCUGUCCUAUGAGUGAAGAUGACAACUGUGGUAUUGUUCUCUGGGUUGACCCAGAGUGGCCUCCUACAUUGCAGAAUGCCUUGUUGAAGCUAUGGGAAAUGUAUCAUGACAGCAAGAGUGAUAGGAGGAAGGAUAACCUGGAGAGUUCACUCACUAUUCACCAUUUGACUGAAGAAAAAAAUAAUCUAGAGGCCAACUAUGACAAAUUGGUUGAAGAUGUGCACCAACUGUUCAAUGCUCAAGAGGAUAGGAUGGUAGAUUUCAGCUAUUUGCAGGCUAAGAUGCAGAAUGUGCAUGUUUCCGAUUUAGUUGUAUCUGACAUGAAGAUAGAGAUGGGGAAGAAAGAUGCAGAGAUCUUCAAGCUGCAGGAGAAGUAUAAAGUACUGAUGAACCUGACACAAUCUCAAGGCACUUGCAUCAGGAACCUGAAGUUUAAUCAUCUAAAAGAGAAGGAAGUGCUUAGUACAUCCACCAGGAACCUGCAAUUCCAUGUUGAUUAACUCAAAAAAUCUGAGGAAAAGCUCACCCAGGAGAACACCCAGCUG